CUAAAUAUUGCCGUCUGGCCUGGCUGUCAAUGAGAAUGAAUGUUUCAGUGUGAUCUAUAUUGAAGUAACCUAAGAAGUUGUUUGAGAUAUAUAGUUAUAUUUAAAUUAUUGUAAUACAUAUAAUCUCAAAAAUGGUGUUAGCAGAUUUAGGAAGGAAGAUUACUUCCGCCCUCAAAUCUCUGAGCAAUGCUACAAUUAUUAAUGAAGAAGUCCUGAAUUCUAUGCUAAAAGAAAUAUGUGCUGCUUUACUUGAAGCUGAUGUUAACAUUAAGCUAGUGAAGAAACUCAGGGAAAAUGUCCGAGCUGUUAUCGAUUUUGAUGAAAUGGCUGGUGGUCUUAAUAAACGGCGUAUGAUACAGAGUGCCGUUUUUAAGGAACUUGUCAAGUUGGUUGAUCCCGGCGUAAAGGCACAUCAGCCAGUCAAAGGUAAGCCGAACAUCAUCAUGUUUGUUGGACUGCAAGGAUCAGGAAAGACCACAACGUGUACCAAGUUGGCGUACCACUACCUCAAGAAGAACUGGAAAGCUUGCCUUGUGUGCGCCGAUACGUUCCGAGCAGGAGCGUACGACCAGCUUAAACAGAACGCCACCAAAGCGAGAAUACCGUUUUAUGGAAGCUACACGGAGGUGGACCCUGUCGUGAUUGCUGCUGACGGAGUAGAUAUGUUCAAGAAGGAAGGGUUUGAGAUCAUCAUCGUAGACACUAGCGGACGACACAAACAAGAGGAGUCACUGUUUGAGGAGAUGUUACAAGUCUCCAAUGCCAUUAGACCGGACAACAUAAUUUUCGUGAUGGACGCCACAAUAGGUCAGGCUUGUGAGGCUCAGGCGAGAGCUUUCAAAGAGAAAGUUGACAUCGGAAGUGUUAUCAUCACAAAACUGGACGGUCACGCCAAGGGUGGUGGAGCCCUCAGUGCGGUGGCGGCGACAAACAGUCCCAUAAUCUUUAUAGGUACUGGUGAACACAUAGACGACUUGGAACCAUUUAAAACCAAGCCUUUCAUCAGUAAGCUGCUAGGUAUGGGAGAUAUAGAGGGGCUGAUAGAUAAGGUCAACGAACUGAAACUGGACGAUAACGAGGAACUCAUAGAGAAGAUCAAACACGGACAGUUCACACUGAGAGAUAUGUACGAACAGUUUCAAAACAUCAUGAAAAUGGGGCCUUUCUCACAGAUUAUGGGCAUGAUACCAGGAUUUAGCCAAGACUUUAUGUCAAAAGGAAGUGAACAGGAGUCAAUGGCAAGACUGAAAAAGCUUAUGACAAUAAUGGAUAGUAUGAACGAUUCCGAGCUGGACAAUCGAGACGGAGCGAAGCUGUUCACGAAGCAGGGCGGCCGCAUCACGCGGGUGGCGCAAGGCUCGGGCGUGACUGAGAAGGAAGUGAAGGAUCUCAUCUCGCAGUACACCAAGUUCGCCGGAGUCGUCAAGAAGAUGGGCGGCAUCAAGGGGCUGUUCAAGGGCGGAGACAUGGCUAAGAACGUGAACCAAGCUCAGAUGGCGAAGCUGAACCAACAGAUGGCCAAGAUGAUGGACCCCAGAGUACUGCACCAGAUGGGUGGCAUGUCGGGACUGCAAAACAUGAUGAGGCAGUUGCAACAAGGAGCGGCUGGUGCUGCGGGGGGCCUGAGUAACCUGAUGGGGGGCUUCGGGGGCAAAUCGUGAGAGGGCCCCGCUCUAGAACUUUCAUUCUCUCAUGACACCUCGCAGCGAGACUACCCAGGCUCAUACCGAGGCUACAAUAUCAAACAUUGCAGACUCGUGUUCUAAAAUUCAAACAUUAAAAUAUUUUCAAAAAAUUAUCUUUUGUCAAUGUCACAGUUUUUUGUAAAUUUUUGUACUAUGGUGCUUGGAAGAUUCUGGGAUGAUUUACAAAGUUUUUUGUUUUUGGUCAAUUUUGGUCUGCUUUGGUAACUUUGGACUGAUACUGAAAUUUCUGUUAUGUUUAGAAGACUAACAGAAUAGAAACGGGUGUUUGUUUUCCAAUGACAGUAUUUCCUAUGAUUGAUUCCAUUUUUUCCUCUUUUUAUGAUCUUUUUAAUUUUUGUUUUUGUAAAUGAGCUUUUUUGGUGGUUAACAAAUAAAAAAUUAUUAUCUAAAGUAGAGGAACAAAUUGUGUCAAAGCAUGUUUAGCUAGUUGAAAAACUAUUUUUCUUAUUUCAAAAACAAGUAAUGAAUUGGUACAGUAAAUAAUCACAAUAUUUUUAUAAGUUUUUAUGUGCUGUCUUCGUUGAAUUGUGUUUUAGAAGAGAUUGUCUAAACAGCAACUAAAGUAAGGAACAGUUUGUGUUACUAUAAACAUUUUGUAAAUAUGUUGAAUAAAAUGUGAUGUUUUUAC